AUGGAGUCCCAAGGUCGGGCACAGUGCUUUGCGCGAGCGGAAAGCAACCGUUAUGCUGCCUGGGCAUUGAGACAUUUUCAACAUACGCUUUCCCUGAAACGAAGGAAUAGGAGAGGCCGUAUGGUGUCAAAGUACCAACGAUGGUACUCCCUUUCAUUAUCAUUGGUAGUUCAACCAUGUCAUGUGAUACAGUCAGCUGGUACAGGUUAUAACGACGAACCUCGUUGGCGGUGGUGCCCUCAUCUUCUGAAACGUAAUAUCUUGAUAGCCGACCUCCGUAUUACAGUCGCGACAACGCGACCAUGGCAGGGAGAAUGGAACACGUGUUUCAACGUUUUGCUGUGCAACAUGUGUGUAACAAGAUUUGCAGGCACAUCGGCAACAUCCAAUUAUAGUUGUAUGAACUAA